AUGGGUGCUUGUUUUUCUUGCAGAUCUUCACAACCAUUCAAGAGCAUAAGAGUUGUUCACUUUAAUGGUUAUGUGGAGGACUUUGAACAUCCUGUUUCUGUUAAUGAAGUCACAGCCAAGUCCCCAAAGCACUUUGUCUGCACCCCAGCUCAGCUUCUAUCCAAUGGCUCCAAACCACUAAAGCCUGACACUCAACUUGAACUAGGCAAAAUCUAUUUCUUGCUACCAUUCUCAACAUUACAAGCUGAUGUUUCUCCUAUGGACUUGGCCUCUAUAGUGAGGAAGCUAACCACAGUAGCAAAAACUAGUCCUUUGUGGAGCCAACAACAUGGUUCAAACCCAGCUACAAGUCCUAACCGGUUUAUGGAGACAGAAAAGCCUGUGGUGGCAUAUGGUGCACCAAGGUCUGCCAGAGCACGAUCGUGGAGGCCUAUUUUGGACACCAUUAGAGAGAGGUCAUUCAAUCGUAGAAGUGAAUCAGAUUUGCAAGAAAUGCAUUCUGAGACUGUGAAAUAG